AUGGAGACAUUCUGCUUAUAAAGAAGGCCGCUGGGACAAUCCCCAACGUUUAUCCGAAGCAAUGGCAGUUGUGCUCCGUUGCUCCUGCAUCUUCACUUCUCCGAACCCUCGCCGAUCUCCACCGCCCGUUCCAUUAGUCAGAAAAUCACAUGGUUCAGGGAAGAUGGAUUCUCUUUCAUUUAAAGGGGAGAGGUUUGCGUUGUCCCCGAGAGAUACUUUUGAUGCACCAUCUGAGAUUUGCCAUAUUUUGCCAAACUUACAAUGUCAGGGGAACAUACAGUUAAGGACUCCAACAAUAGCAUUUGUUGUCAGUAAUGCCUUGAUUUUAACUACACCUUUUAAAGCUCUGGCAGAAACGUGUGAGGCUGAAAACUCUGCUUUCAACAUGAACAUGCCUUUACUCCUAUUUGUGGCCCUUAUAGGAGCUACUGUUGGAGGGUUGCUUGCUCGGCAAAGGAGAGGGGAAUUGAAGCGGCUGAAUGAACAGCUGCGCCAGAUCAAUGCAGCUCUAAGAAGGCAAGCCAAGAUUGAGUCCUAUGCUCCCAGUUUGAGUUAUGCUCCUGUUGGUGGAAGAAUAAUGGAGAACGAAGUAAUUGUUGAUCCAAAGAAGCAAGAGUUGAUUUCUCGAUUGAAGACCGGAAAGAAUUUUUUGAGGAAUCAAGAACUGGAGAAAGCAUUCAUGGAGUUUAAAACAGCUCUUGAGCUUGCUCAGAAUAUAAUGGAUCCUACUGAGGAGAAGAAAGCUGCAAGAGGUUUAGGAGCCUCACUGCAAAGGCUGGGCAAGUACCGGGAAGCCAUCAAAUACCAUUCCAUGGUUUUGGCAAUCUCUGAGCGAGAAGGGGAGGACUCAGGAAACACAGAAGCUUAUGGAGCAAUAGCUGACUGUUAUACUGAACUCGGAGAUCUUGAACGAGCAGCGAAAUUUUAUGACAAAUAUAUUUCAAGAUUGGAAACAGAUUAAAAUUUGCCUCUAACUGGGUGGUUUUUAUUCAGUAAUGACACACCGGAGUUUUUAAUGUUAGUUGAGUUUGCAGACAGCUGGCUAACAGCAUCGUAUUGAGGAUCAUUUCAUUUUUGUAUCUAUGUUGAAAGUCACUUAAUGCAGAAUAAUAUCAUUGGGAAAUCCUUUAUGGUUUCAA